AUGGCGGCUCGCAAGUUCCAGAGGCGCGGCAGCGGCGACUCCAACUUCAGCCAUCAUGAUCAUGAGUUUGAUAUGGAACAACGGAAUCGGGAGACCAUCAAGAGCAAUGCGGAAAGACAGGCCACGCAGGAGUUGGAGAAUGCCAAAGUCAGUUUAGAUUACUCUGCAAUUAUCAUCAUAGUUUAUUAAUUUCCAAUAAUAUAUUAAUUUGCAGUAUAAUCCGGUGCUAUUCGCGGUAUGUACAAACUUGGAGUUCGACGGGUCGAUUGAUGACGACUCUCCAGUUCACGGCUGCGCCGUCUCAUUCAAACCAAAAGAUUAUCUUCACAUAAAACAAGUAAGAUCUUACCUUUAUGUUCUGUAUUUAGAUGCAGAGGGAUUACAAUAAUUUUAUAGAAAUACAACAACGACUGGUGGGUGGGCCGACCGGUCAAAGAGAAUCAUGAGCUCGGAUUCAUCCCUUCCCCAGUCAAACUCGAGAGUAUACGACAACAAAACUCGAAAGGAAAAUUGUAAGAACAAUUACUGAUCAUCUUUUACAAACCUUAAAAAAAUCAUUUCAAUUAUUUUAGUAAACAAUCGACAAGUGCAACAAAUCUGGGAGCUCUGGAUAAUAUGAUAAACAAGGGAGCCGGGGGAUCUCGAGGAUCCACUCCACCGACUCCAGGCAAUGAAUUGGAUGACGAUGACGGUCAUCGGAAGAUCCAAAGUAUGGUAACAACACCUCCAGUACAGAAGGAAAAGAAGAAACUCAUGUUCAAAAAGGUUGGUCUUUAUCUAUUACUUCGACCAAAGUUAGGAGCGCUGAAUUACUCUAACUAUUUUAGCAAGAAAACCUCCCCCCAUAUGAUGUUGUGCCAACGAUGAGACCAGUGGUGUUAGUAGGCCCCUCCUUAAAAGGAUACGAAGUGACGGAUAUGAUGCAGAAAGCGGUCUUCGAUUAUCUGAAGCAUCGUUUCGAGGGACGGAUCAUCAUCACUCGAGUCACCGCGGACAUUUCACUUGCCAAACGCUCUCUUCUCAACAAUCCAUCGAAACGUGCCAUAAUGGAACGAGCCAAUUCACGGUCGUCAAAUUCCUUGGGUAAUUUUUUAGUACUUUUUUCAUAUUUUGCGCGGACAAUAUAAAAGUAUUAUGUAAGCGGACUCUUAUUAUUAUUAUUCUAGCCGAGAUCCAAGCAGAAAUUGAACGAAUCUUCGAAUUGGCCCGGUCAAUGCAACUGGUUGUUCUGGACUGUGACACGAUCAACCACCCCUCCCAGCUAGCCAAAACCUCCCUCGCCCCCAUCCAUGUGUAUAUCAAAAUCAGCUCACCUAAGGUUUUACAACGAUUGAUAAAGAGUCGCGGGAAGAGUCAGAGUCGGAGUAUGAGUGUCCAGAUGGUCGCUGCCGAGAAAUUAGCUCAAUGCCCUCAGGUAAUAAUAAUCCCAACGAAGAGGCACAAAUCACCGUAUUUUAGGAAAUGUUUGACGUGAUAUUAGACGAGAAUCAGUUGGAAGACGCCUGUGAGCAUCUCGCGGAUUAUCUGGAAGGAUAUUGGAGGGCGACACACCCUCCAGUGAGGAGUCCUCCAAGAAUUAAGAGGGGCCCCAUGGCUAACAGAGGUCCCUCUACUCUGUAUACACCCGCCCAGAUGAUGAUGGGAGUUCCUGUAAGUUAAUCACAGGGUCAUAGUCAGUGCAAUAUAACCGAAUUAUAAUGUAAAUUAAGGACUCGCGAUAUCCCGGUACCAAUAUGGCGACUCCCUCCAGUUUCCCUCCUCAAAUGCCAGCGCCUCAGGGCAGCCAAGCUCGUCUGCCGACUAUUGCUGUAGACCAGGUAUGUGUUCUACAUUGUCCUGUCAUUGUGGAACAUCUUUAAACGAUGACUUUCCAGCCAAAUUCAUCGAUGAACGGCCAAAGAGACAUGCCUUACCCGGUCGCGCCUCCCACCACCCAACGCACUCUCCCUCCUCAGCCUGGGGAAAUGAAUGAUUACGAUGCCUACGAUGAGGAGGAUAUACAUGCCCCGCGGGCAUUCUCCCCGAAUCAGCAUCAAUAUCGAUACUAG